AUUCGUAAGAAAGUUGGUUGGAAGAAGACGAGUAUUUCACGAUAAGAUUGUGAGGGAAAAAGGAACAAGUAUGGAGAAGAGAAAAAAAUGGAUCAAGUUGUUUGUCGUCGAGGAAGAAAUAUAUAUUGAUGUGUCAAUGACACUACUUGGAAGGAAGAAGAGUCGCAGCGAUGAGCGCGGUGGAAAAAAUAUGAUGAAAGGACUUGAGGAUAAAAAAACGUGUGGUGUUAAGUUAAAAAACCCUUUAGUUAAGGGGCUUAAUGAUCAGCGCCCAGUUAGAAGGCGUGAAAACAACAUCGCGGUGUAAUCACUCUCUUCGAAUACAAGAGAAAUCCAAUAGUGUCUUCUUACUUCUCGCCAUCUUCGGAUCAUGAUAGGAGCCAAAGAGAGGACGCCAGUUUAUACCCCCCUCACAAAAGAUGAAAAAUUAACUGAAGAGAAAUCAUGGAUUUUCUUAAAAGUUUGGGAAAUAAGAAGCUUUCUUCAUUCAUCUUCAUGGAAACGAAAAGAUGUUCCCGAAAGAGGAGAAGAGGACGAAACCCAUUUUACGUGCGGCAACUUUAUUGUUGGUUACUGAUGAUGAUUAUGAGCCGAAAAUUUCCAACAGUUUAUUGUACACGAGGGAAUGAUGUUUAUUUAAAUAGCAAUGACGUGUCUCAAAAAUCUUUCUCUGGAUUCGUUCGAAAUAACAGAAUUGGUGGUAAUUGGGGCUCUUGGGGUCCUUGGAGUGAAUGUUCCAGACCUUGUGGAACUGGCGUGCAAUCACAAGUCCGAGAAUGUGUUCCAUUUGUUGGAAAGCAAUUACGGAAGAGGUACAUUAUGGGCCAUAACGAUACAAUCAGCGCCCGUCCCAGUUGUGUCGGGAUAUACAAGCGAUACCACAUCUGCAAUACCCAGAAUUGUCCUAAUUUUUAUCCAGACGUGAGGACUCAUCGGUGCUCAAAAUAUAAUGGAAAAUUAUACAAAGGACGAAUUUUUGCCUGGGAACCAUUUCUUGAUGCGCCUAAUUCUUGUGCUCUAAAUUGUCGCGCGAUUGGAGAACGAUUUUAUGCGACUUUCGAGCAUUCAGUUCCGGAUGGAACUCAUUGUCGUCCGAACUUUCUUUUGCCGACGUUUCCUAUUUUUAAGGCGAAAAAUACUGAUCAGUGGUUAUGCGUCGCUGGACAUUGUAAGUCCGUGGGUUGCGAUGGAAUUAUAGAUUCUGGUUUAGUUAUUAAUUCUUGUGGAAUUUGUGGCGUUGAUGAUAAAGAUUGUGAAUGGUUCGAAGGUUCUUUUGUUGAACCAACUCUAUCGAAAGGAUACCAUUUUGUUGUUCAAAUUCCAAAGGGUGCAAUGUCCAUAAAUAUUUCUGAACUGCGUGCCAGUGAAAAUUUGAUAGCUUUAAAAGACGAAAAUGGCGAGUAUAUUACAAAUGGUCCUUGGUCUUUAAGUCCGAGUGGUAUUUACAAUGUGGCCGGUUCCCCUUUAAUAUACGAAAGAGGAAACGAGAAUCAAGUUGAGUAUAUUCAAACCACCGGCCCCUUGAAUGAAUCCUUACGUGUAGAGCUUUGGAUCCAUCAUCAAAAUCCAGGAAUUGUGUAUAAAUACACUUUGUCGAAAACAAUUCCGGAAAAUAUUGUUAUCACUUCACCGCCUCCCAUCGACCUUCCAGGUUCACUGAGUCUCAAUGAAAUUCCCCAUCCGACUGUCGAGGGAAUUUUCGAAACUACAACUGAAAGGAUACGCAGUUCUCCGUUAAUAAUUCCGACGCAGCAGGACAAUGAAAUUGAUAAAAAAACGAAACAAUUAAACGUCAUUGGGACAAGUAUUCCGCCAACAACAUCAAUGGCGGGCGAUCAACCGAAUUCAAAAGUAAAAAGAAGGAGGAGAAAAUUUAUUUGGAAAAUUUCCAACUUUUCCUCGUGCUCGAAACCUUGCGGAGGAGGUUUUCAAAGAGCAAUUUUUCGAUGUUUUCGAAGAAUCACGGAUGAAAUUGUUGACGAACGGAAAUGUCGAAAUAUCACAAAACCUGUUGGACCUUCUGCGAGAUGUAAUGAUCGACCUUGUGCUGCUAGAUGGAGAGCAGAAUCGUGGACUGAGUGCUCAGUAACUUGUGGGUCUGGAGUUCGAACAAGAAAAGUGGAAUGUGUUCAGAAAUUAAAUUCCCGAUUGACAGUUCGUGUCGCUGCUGGAACUUGUAUUCAACCACCCGAUUUGGGAACGUGGGAAGUUUGUAAAUUGCCACCUUGUCAAAUUGAUGAACCAGAGAUAAGACACAUGGAUCCAGUGCAUCCUAGAUGGGAAGUUGGAUUAUGGAGUCCAUGUUCGGUGACUUGUGGCCAAGGGACUCGAAUUCGAAAUGUUACGUGUAUAACCAGCAAUGAACCAUGUUUAUCAUCAAAUAAACCACAAUUCGAAGAAUUUUGUGAAGCUCCCUCUUGUCCUACAUUUCCGGAACUGAAAGCUUUUUGGCUCUUUUCUGAAUGGUCGUCAAAGUGUUCAACAGACUGUGGAUCGGGAGUUGAGACGAGACGAAUUAUUUGCAGUCAUGAAAAUAAAACUCUUUGUAAUUCUACAUUGAAACCUCUUGAGGAAAGACAGUGUUUUGGAAAUACGUGCAGUAAAACCUUAUGGUUCACAGGCCCUUGGACAGCGUGCUCAGCAACAUGUGGCGUUGGAAUUCGAAAACGAGAUGUAGUUUGUGCUUCAAAAAUUAGAGACGAAUUAACUCUAUCAUCCGACAGCGCGUGUGAUUUUGAGAAACCACUUCAAGAGGAAAUAUGUACAAUGAGUCCUUGUUCUGCCGAAUGGUUCACUUCGGACUGGACGGAGUGUACCGUGACCUGUGGAAGUGGUGUUCGAACGCGUGCAGUUCGUUGUAUUUCCAAUGAAAAUGACAUAAAUGAUUGUAUAGAAUCAGAAAAACCUCGAGAUAAGCAUCUUUGCAUUGGCGAAUUUUGUAGAAAGUCGGAAUUUUCCACUGAGAAUCCAAUUAAAAGUGGGAAUGCUGUUGGAAAUUGCACAGAUGAAUAUCCGUAUUGUGAGUUAGUGUUAAAGGCUGAUUUGUGUCGCAUUAAAUACUAUAAUCACUCAUGUUGUGGCUGCCAUUCAUAAUUAAUUCGAAAUAAAAUUAUUCAAGUAAGAAAUUUUUACAAUAAAAAAAUGUUAUCUUUAUAACAACAA